AUGGAAUUACUACCUGAAGGACAAAGAAACACGGCUACGGAAGUUAGCUGGGAAGAUCAACAAAAGAUCAAUAAAUUCUCCACCAUAAUAUCUAAAAAGGAUCAACAACAGGCGAUAUUAGACAUGUUGAAGGUUGAAAAAGAGUAUCUCGAUGAUUUAUCAACCGAAUUGGAGUUACUAGACGAAGACGAGCCAAUACAAUAUAAAAUCGGUGAUGCGUUUGUGUUUAUGAAGACUAAUAAAGCAUUGACUAGGAUUGAAGCUGAUGAUAAGGUAUUAUCGGAGAAAAUUGAGCAUGUUGAAGAAUUGAUUGAAAGUUUUGAUGAGCAGUUGGGCGAGUUAAAGAAGCAUUUGUAUGGUAAGUUUGGAAAUAAUAUCAAUUUAGAAAGGUAA